GCCUACUGGUGACACUGACACCUGGGUGGUGCGGGAGACUCCUGGCCAGGACACUGUCCUCCAUCCGGGAACAGCAGGGGGAUGGGACGGGCGGCUGAGUGCUGGGCAGCAGCAGAGCUGGUCUGAACCUUGGACUUCACGUCGGCGCUCCCAGGAGAAUCCAGAUCCUAGCCCCCAGGAGCCGAAGCAAUGGCCUCAAAGCCUGAGAAGAGGGUCGCCUCGUCCGUCUUUAUCACCCUGGCACCCCCGCGCCGCGAUGUGGCUGUGGCUGAGGAAGUGAGGCCGGCGGCUUGUGAAGCCCGGCGGGGCCGCCCCUGGGAGUCCUCCACCCCCAUGAAGGCACCCGGGGUUGGCCCGACGGGGAGGCCCAGCCCCUGGACACCCCCUGGCAGGCCUGUAGCGGCAGUGCCAGCUGUGCCACCUCAGCUCUCCAACGGAGACAUCUGUGCUUUCUGCCACAAGUCCGUGUCCCCCAGAGAGCUGGCCGUGGAGGCCAUGAAGAGGCAGUACCACGCCCAGUGCUUCACGUGCCGCAUCUGCCGCCGCCAGCUGGCCGGGCAGAGCUUCUACCAGAAGGACGGGCGGCCCCUCUGUGAGCCGUGCUACCAGGACACGCUGGAAAAGUGUGGCAAGUGCGGAGAGGUGGUCCAGGAGCACAUCAUCAGGGCCCUGGGCCAGGCCUUUCACCCCAGCUGCUUCACAUGUGUGACCUGUGCUCGGUGCAUCGGGGACGAGAGCUUUGCCCUGGACAACCAGAACGAGGUGUACUGCCUGGAUGACUUCUACAGGAAAUUCGCCCCCGUGUGCAGCAUCUGUGAGAAUCCCAUCAUCCCCCGGGACGGGAAGGAUGCCUUCAAAAUUGAGUGCAUGGGAAGAAACUUCCACGAAAAUUGCUACCGAUGCGAGGACUGCAGGAUCCUGCUGUCUGUGGAGCCCACGGACCAAGGCUGCUACCCCCUGAACGACCGUCUCUUCUGCAAGCCAUGCCACGUGAAGCGGAGUGCCGCUGGGUGCUGCUGAGAGCUGCACCAGCGCCAGGACAGUCCGACCCACCAGCUGGCGGGGCCUCCCUGACUCACUUUCCCUUCCUGACCUGCUCCUGCACACUUUUCUGCGCAGCCUCAACGGGGAGCACCUCGCAGCUCUGCCCUGUGUGUCUGGCACGCGGCCGGCCCAGCUUCCUCCCAGCCAGACGUGGUGGCUGGCGGACAGCACCCUAGACUGUCGCCCCCCAUCCCCUGGGCUCUGGGAGGCUCCUGUACAGGGAGCGUCACGCUCAGGGCGCCCUUCUGGCCAGAGAUGAGUCUGGGCGGGUCUACCCAUGGGGCCUGUGUCACUUGAGCUGACCCUUCAGCUCUCUAGAGGGGGUCACCAGGCCAGCCCUGGCCUGCAGGAAUGAACUGCUUGAGAAUCUCAAGGUUCCUGCAAAAGUGCGUCUUGAAAGUUUGGAUGUUUAAGUGCUAGGAAGAAGCGUUCUUGGGGUUCAGGAUGGGAAUCUCAAUCGCAGGCAUCUCUCCUCAGUAUAAGCCUGCAAGAAUGUGCCCUGGUGGUGACAUGGCCGUGGACUCACUGCCUCUGGGAAGUGUCAUGCCACGGUGGGGCUGGGGUCCAGGGCAGCAGGAGAGGUGGUCUGCAGGCAGCAGGGAGUGCCAGCCGCCCCUCCAUUGCUGGUGCCACCUCCUGUGUGUGACAGCGAGCCAGCAGGUGUGGAAGGACCCUCUUACGCUGGGGGCAGGCUGACAGGGCUGCGUGUCCCCCUGCAUCCCUGGCUGGGCUGUGCUGUCCCCUCGUACACACACACCUCCAGGACCGUGGGCAGGUGUGCCCCCCAUCCUCCCAAGUCCCGCUCUAGCCCUUGGUCCCAGGCUGCCCCACAACCUCUGCACUCACAAGGCCACACCUGCGAGAGCCUCUUCCCUUGUAAGGAAAAGCACUCUUGUCACUUUGUCACCUCUAAGACACUUUGUAGGGCGCCAGCGAAACAGGACGUCUUUCCUCCCUCAGGUGGGCCUGCGUACCGCACGCUCCUCCGAGAGCACCCCAGUUCCACACUCGGGGUGCUCCCUUGGCUUCACACCAGAGCAUGGCUUCUUGCCCUGAGUGUAGAGCAGCAGCCCCAAGGUGGGCAUCCACGAGCCAGCGCUGGUUUUCUGUAACUGCAUAGUGGUCCUGCACGCCGCGGCCUUGGGACCCGCGUGCCGCCUUACACACCUCCGCCUGAGCCGCGUGCUGAGAGUCGACCCUACAGCCCGCUGUCCAUGUGCUAGUUACGACUGUUCCUGCUCCCCCGUGGAAAUAAAUGUGUAACUGAG